CUCUCAACCCGGUGGUCGGGAAAUGUCAAAGAGAGGCCCGUGCUGCAGCAGGGGGCGUAAAGGGGAAAAAACAACAACAGUUUAUUGCUUUAAUUUCACGUAAUUGAUUUUCCUUUCUUAUUAAGCAAGUGUCAUAUCCAAUAGCAUCAGAAACCGAAUCCUAGCUGACCAACUCUCGCAGCCGCCGUUGACAACAAUUUGAAGCCUUGAUCGUUCCCGAUUCGUAUAGCCAGCCUAACAAUCCUUGCCAAACAUGAGGGAGAAAAUACUACUCCUGUUGAAGAUUUCCAUCAAACCUACUAGCUCUCUCUCAACCAUGACACCCAGCAGAGGACUCUGGGAUUGAUGCUGGGAUCACUCCCACUGAUGGCCUGGACUGGGUAGGAAUACUGUGUGUGUGUGUGUGUGUGUGUGUUCAUGGGGUGAUGUCUAUCUACUGUAUUUUCCCUCUGUACUGUAGGUUUCAGCUGUCCUGCUGAAGUUAUGGGGAGCUGUUGGAGCUGUCUAUACAGAGACCCCAUCCAAGACAACCAUCUCACCAAAUUCAAGGUAACCAAUGUGGAUGACGAGGGGAAUGAGUUGGGCUCUGGGACCAUGGAGCUCACCGAGACCGAGCUCAUCCUGCACACGCGCAAGAGGGAUGCCAUCCGGUGGCCCUACCUGUGUCUGCGGCGCUACGGCUACGACUCCAACCUCUUCUCAUUCGAGAGUGGCCGGCGCUGCCAGACUGGACAGGGAAUCUUUGCGUUUAAAUGUACUCGUGCGGAGGAGAUCUUUAACCUCCUCCAGGAGCUGAUGCAGUGCAACAGUAUCAAUGUGGUGGAGGAGCCUAUGAUCAUGACCGGCAGCGGACACGCACGAGAGAUAGACAUGCCUCGCACCCCACAGACACCCAACACUCCAGCAUUCCCUGUCCAGGGUUUUCCCAACGGGUACCCGGGGUAUCCCAUGAGAGCUGAAUCCUCACAGCCCUCUCUAACUGACGACCCCCACGGCCACAGCCACAUGGGCCUGGAGGACCAGGCUCACACCUAUGUGAAUACCGUUACUGUGGAUGGGGAACUCUCCAGUCGACACUGUGUACACUCCCUACCCGAGGUGCGGCCCACUUCCUUCCCCGAGUCAACCCGGGGAGCCAUGCCUGUCGUGGUCCCAGGGGGUGGGCAGACCAGCAUGCACUGUUGUCCCCUCGAGGAACAACGCAAGGAACCCCAGGUAUUCCUUCAGCCUUCCUCUCAGGAGGUCAAAUUCAUGCUCGGGCCCACUCCUGCACAGCGCCACCUGCUGGAGAGAGAGAGAGAGAGGCACGGGGGCCACAAUCCACACGCCAUGCGGCCUGUAGAGGGCGCCACAGGUUCAGAGACAGAGGGGGACGAGCCUCCUCUGCACGUGUACAACUCCCACUCCUAUCACCACCCUCACUACCACCACGUGAUGCACCGGCACCCUGGCCACGAACACCAGGAGGGCUGCCAGCUCACCUACGAGAAUAUCAACGGCCUGAGGGGGGGCCGCAGGCUGAGACUUAGCCCCAGCAGCAUGUCCCAGUCUGUGGGCUCCAGCAGCAGCAGCAGCACCACCGGAGACAGUCACUCUCACCCACAAUCACAUCCCCUCAACCCGCACCCCCAUGGCCCAUCUUCUCUGCCCCCCCAGGGGUACCCCUGUGAGCGGGGCGCGGGGAUGGGCGGUGGUCACCGGCGGACAGCUCUGCUCAACUACGAGAACCUGCCGUCACUGCCCCCGGUAUGGGAGUACCGUGCCCUGCAGAGAGACGAGGAGCAGGACGAGGAUGACGAGGAGCAGGAUGAGGAGGAGUACGAGGAAGAGGAGGAGGACUUUGACGAGUACGAGUUUUCUGAGGGUCCGGGGACGCCCAACGGGUACCACCAGGAAGGGCUGGGGAGGGGGGGGAUUCACCGUGACGCCCUGCAGAACUAUGUCAACACAGAGCAGGUCCAGGUUCAGGUCCAGCCCAGCCGGCUGCGACAUGCCUGCCCCCCUCAACCCCAGCACCUCCAGCCCUGCCACCGCCAGCCGGACCGUGGCGGCCGAAUAUUCAGCUUUGAUAUCCGUAGGCGGCCUGGAGGAGGGUUUGGUCGGGGGGAGGGCUGCGAGCACGGUCACAUGCCCCCGUCGAGGCAGCUCAACUAUAUCCAGGUGGACCUCGAUGCGGAGCCGCCGUGCCAGACCCUCGGGGGGGGUGGAGGAGGGGGAGCCCAGUCUCAGCCCCAGCCACAGCACCAGCGCCUACCACCCCUCAAAUGUGGCCCCCAGCAGGCCCCACGGCGCAAUGAGUUCUAUGCUGUGAUUGACCUGAAGAAGACAGCAGCCAUGUCCAACCUGCAGAAAGCCCUCCCCCGGGACGAUGGGACAUCGAGAAAGACUCGCCACAACAGCACAGACCUGCCUCUGUAGAUGCAGUGAGGAGGAGGAGAGACGGAGAAAGAUGAAGGGAGGGAGUAGAGAGAGAGAGAGAGAGAAACAGGUUUGGGUGGAGCGCUUGGCUGGACAGACAGGUAUAGGCAACUCAGCAGCACACUGGACCCCUCACUCUCAUCCAGCCACCUGCCUGUUCUGUCCUGUCCUGUCUUGGCCAGCUGGAUCAUAUACAGGUACCUAAUUAGAAAACGAACUAAAACUUAUCUGUGCAUAUUCCACUUUAUGGAGCAAGAUUGGUUUGAAGUUGCCAUAUUAUUGUGGGUCACCUUCUGACUGUGGGGAGAUGCUAUCUGAGUUAGCAGCAGAAACCUUGGUCGUGGUUGGCUGGGUUUAUGGUUAAACCCUUAAGCUACCGUUGUUUUUGGUUAUACCUUUUGGCAAUGUUCUUUUUUUUUAAAGCUUUGUGGUGGUUGCGUUGAGUGCCAAGUUUGGUUCAGGGUGGGAGCAGGAAUGGACGAGUCAGGUCUCCAACUUUGUGUUUGACCAGUGAUGGUUGAUUUUUAGAUGUAAGAGUAUUGCCCAUCAUAAAGUAGCUAGGUUCCUCAUUCCGUUAUCAUUCAGUGUUGUUUGAUUUAUUUUACGUCCCCGUUUACGAACAUGGGCUCCUAUUUGAGUUCAGGUUUACUGGUCUACAUUGUAAAAUUGACUGAACAUUUUCUGACAUGAAAACAGUUUGUUAUUCCCUCAAUUGAAUUAUAAUAAUGUGCAUUCUUCACCUCACAAGCACUUUUUUGACCCCGUGACUGAUAGAAAGGACAGUUGAUGAUAUUUAUUUAUAACUAUCUGCCCUCAGGAAUUAGUACAGAUCAGUACAGUUUGCACAUUAUCCUUUGGAAUUGUAAUCUUACAUCCUAUCCAGUAUUAUAUUUUUAGUCCCCCCAAAAAAAGACCCCAAAGCAGAAAAAAAUGUUGAAUAGAUUUUCUCUCUUAAUCCAAUAUUAAAUAUCAUACAUUUUUCAUGUUGAAAUUGAAUCUAAAAUGGAAAUAAUAGUAACCUUGAUAGCAUGAAACAGUCAGUGUGUUGAUAGAUUUCCAACAUCCGCCGCACACACACACACACACACACACACACACACACACACACACACACACGCACGACAUAACUAUUGAGACGAUUGAAUUCAUCUCUGACUGCAUAUCAUUCCACUUGAAUAGGAAUCCAUAUCUAAUUCCUAAACUAUGGUUACCUUUGCACUUUUUACCUUUGAAGUCCCCACAGUUCCGAAUCCCUCAUCUGGAGCAACAGAAAGGUUGUGAUCUGACAAACUCCUUCGAGAUGGUGAUGUCAUCACACAGACCCAAAUAUUGUAUGGAUGUAGUUUUUUUUUUUUUUUUUUUUUUUACAUUAUAGAGACCUAUAGCAACUUACAUUUUUUUUUAGAGAAGAAGUUGAUAACCUGUGAUAAUGGCUUAAAGAUAUUAAUAAUAACCUCAUAUAAAAAUGACCGGUUGACUAUUUUAGUAUGUAUCAGAUUGAUAACUGAGGGUUGUCAACUGAGGGUCUGUUUUAAAGGGGAAUAUAUCAGUAUGUUUAAUGUUAACUGUUUAUGGAAAGUCUUAUAUCAUUGAGCGUUUGGCUGAGGAUAUUUAUUUAUUUAUUUAUUCAUUGAGAUGUCUAUAUGGUGAUUGUUUUGCAUAAAAAUGUGACAAAACAGUUUUUCGUAAUCUAGCCAGUUGGUGAUUUGGAGACCAAAGUAUCACCAGUCAUCGUCACACUGUCUGGGACACCAUUGUAAUACCAUUGUUAUGCCUGUAAUUAAUAACCUUACAUUCUGAAGAAGAAAGACUGUAUUAAUAUAUUAAAGUGCCAAAUCUUUACUGUUACCUGUAUGAACGUAAUGAAUCAAAUCAAUGUGCCAUUAGGAUGUGUAGUAGAAAACCUGAGGGCUAAGAGGCAAGGAGUUAGCCUACAUGUCGAAAAACAAAGGGAAGAGCUUGGAGGUCUAUGGCCGUAUGUAUCAAGAGUAGGAGUGCUGAUCUCGGAUCAGGUCUCCCCUGUCCAUGUGAUCGUAUUCAUUAUGAUCGAAAAAGGCAAGAACAUUCCCACUCUGAGACUCUUGAUACAUACUGAACAGGGUCAGGGUUUAUAUAUUGUUAAACCUUUGUACUCCUCCUCAUGAAUCUGUCUAGCUGAUCCAGGUCAACUGGACAAGGAAGGGCAAGAAAGACACAUUUCACCUCAUAGGCUAGGCUAUACAUUGACAGCCAUAUCGGAGUGAGACAAGGGAUUCGUUAUAUCUAUCUAGUCUUCACAACUCCAGUGGUUUUAUGCUGCUAUAAGGUAGAAGUUCAGACAGUAAGAGGAGGUAGGGAUGGUAGUGGCUAUGCAGGAUUGUUUACCAUAUUGUUUAGUAAAUGGAACUACCAUUUUCGUAUUCACUCAAGAUCACUGCAUCAGGGCUACCAGUAUGAAAAUGUGUUUUAAUUCAAAUAAGUUUUCAUUUCUCAUUUCUAUUUCUUAUUUCUCUUGGAUUGGUGUGAUCAAUCCACAUACCAAAACCUUGUUUUCAUUACAAUCUGGCUGUCUAAUCUGAAGUAAUGUGGCUGAAGGUGCAGCACAGGCCUAGCAACCGUAAUCCUCAUAACUGCUUAUUUAAUCUGAUGGAAAGAUAUACGUAGGUCUACUCACUGUUUGUGGACAUGUUUUCAGACAGGGAUAUAUCCGUUUGCACACAUAUAUUUUCGUGAUACAUUUAAAGGGUGUUUACAUUUCGCAAUAAUGGUUUAAUAGAGAUGUAUUGUUGGAGAUGAGGUUUAUUCAGACCAAUGUGUGUGAGGUUCGAGGUGCGUUGUUAAUGGUUCCACAGGUCUGUUGUAUUUGAUCCCCUGUUUUUAUGUGAAUCAGCAUUGGAACUAAGACCUCUCUCAGGCCCCCUGUUGACAAUAUUAUAACUUUGUUAUUGUAUACAUGCUUAGAUUAGAACAUGGGAAAAAAAUGUAUGUUUCUGUUUUCUUGAUUGUCUUAUACAGCAAAUUUGCGCUUACUUAACACCUGACUUAAUUGUGCCAUAAGUGACUGUUGCCAAGCUUUCUGGACAGCGUGUGGCUUUCGAAUGUCGAAGCCUUUUAAAGGGCCAGGUUAGGUGUCAGAAGGCAUACGGCAAACAUCUCUGUGUACUGUGUUUGCACUGAUACAGUGGUUCGGACUGUUUCUAAUGGUUUGACAGUCUGUAUAUUCAUUAGUCAGUCAUUGUUAUCAAUUUGGUGACACUUAAUUGUAAAGGUACACAGGAAUAGUACCUUAAAAUGUGUUCCUUAUACUAAAGUGUUACCAGAAAUAUUGUCCAGAAAGGACUUUUUGGGAACCGUAUCUUGUCAUAUUAAUGUUGUCAUUUGGAUUUUCCUUGAAAAGCGAGAAAAUAUUAACAAUGAAGGAUUGUCCGGUAACACAUGACUUAUGUUUAAAUAAUAAACCACUUAAUUGAGGCCUAAUGUAUAGCUAAUAAGACACAAUAAAGGCCUUAUGAGCUACGUAUAUACACACUUAUAAACUACAAAUUAGUGGCUAAUAUGUGUAUCUUAAAAUAAAGUUUGACCAGAAUUUAAUUCAAACAAACAGUUUUUUACUCUUUUAUGUAACUUCAUCACAACUGCCUGACCACCACAAGGUGGCGUUGCUUGCUACAAUGCUCGGGAUGAUGAGAAAAUAAGUCAUUUUCCUUCCACAGUCCCUCAAAAUGCCACUCUAGGUCCAAAAUGCACUUAGUUCCAUAAUAUUACCAAGGUACAAACAAAGUAGCUCAAAAUCUAAGGAAUGUUACAGUGAUUUGGUACUGUAUUUCAAAAUGUUUUUGUUUGUUUGUCCAUUUGUUUAUUUAUUUACCAUUGAACGCAUGUGUAAUAUCCACUGGUGGGUGACGAUGAUGCAGACAGGGGUCCAUUAUUUUCAUUCAAUCACAUGCUGAGUUAACGCUCUUCUAGUCCAAUAAGACCAGAGCAAUUGAAACCUGUUGAACCUGUAUGUUAAUGGUGAUAAUAAUAUGUGUUGAUUGGUUGAUAUAAAGGUUGGGUAGGCCAAAGUAAAUGACUGUGAUGUACACUAAUAUUUGACUGAGUGCCAAAUGUGGUUUAGUACUAUGACUUUGACGACAGGCCAGGGACACACCUGGCUGAGAUUCACUAGGAACUCUAUAGGACUCUCCCUGAGAGAUGCCAAUGACUCUCUCACCCUCUGGUCUUGGUUUAACCUGCGGUAUGAAUGUAAUAAGCAAAGAGAGACUAUAUAGACGAAGGGCAACUAUGCUUAAUAUUUCUAUCCUUGCUGGGGGAAAAAAGGUGUGGUCAGAAGUUUUGUCUAAAUUUAAACAUUUACAAUCUGAGUUUCUUCUACGUAUAUUUGUAUUUCUUGUAAGUAUGUAUCUCUCUGUAUGUAUGUGUGUGUGUGUGUGUGUAUGUAUAUAUAUAUAUAUAUAUAUAUAUAUAUAUAUAUAUAAUACCAGUAAAAAGUUUGGACACACCUACUCAUUCAAGGGAUUUCCUUUUUUUGUUUUAUUUUCUACAUUGUAGAGUAAUAGUGAAGACAUCAACAAUUGUAUCCACCCAAAAAGUGUUAAACAAAUCAAAAUAUCUUCUUCAAUGUAGACACUUUUUGCCUUGAUGAUAGCUUUGCACACUCUUGGCAUUCUCUCAACCAUCUUCAUGAGGUAGUCACCUGGAAUUCAUUUCAAUUAACAGAUGUGUCUUGUUAAAAGUUCAUUUGUGGAAUUUCUUUCCUUCUUAAUGUGUUUGAGCCAGUCAGUUGUGUUGUGACAAGGUAGGGUGAUAUACAGAAGAUAGCCCUAUUUGGUAAAAGACCCAGUCCAUAUUAUGGUAAGAACAGCUCAAAUAAACAAAGAGAAAUGACAGUCCAUCAUUACUUUAAGACAUGAAGGUCAGUCAAUCUGGAAAAUCUCAAGAACUUUGAAAGUUUCUUCAAGUGCAGUUGCAAAAACCAUCAAGCACUAUGAUGAAACUGCCUCUCAUGUGGACCGCCACAGGAAAGGAAGACCCAGAGUUAUCUCUGCUGCAGAUAAUGAGUUUAUCAGAGAUACCAGCCUCAGAAAUUCCAUCCCAAAUAAAUGCUUCACAGAGUUCAAGUAACAGACACAUUUCAACAUUGCGUGAUCAAAUUGCUGUAAAGGAAACCAAUAAUAAGAAGAGAGUUGUUUGGGCUAAGAAUCAUGAGCAAUGAAAUCUGUCCUUUUGUCUGAUAAGUACAAAUUUGAGACUUUGGUUCCAAGCGCUGUGUCUUUGUGAGAGUAGGUGAAUGGAUGAUCUCUGCAUGUGUCGUUCCCACCAUGAAGCUUGGAGGAGGAGGUGUGAUGGUGUGGGGGUGCUUUGCUGGUGACACUGUCAGUGAUUUAUUUAGAAGUCAAGGCACACUUAACCAGCAUGGCUACCACAGCAUUCUGUAUCGAUACACAAUUCCAUUUGGUUUGCGCUUAGUGGGACUAUAAUUUGGUCUAACUCAUCCCAAAACAUCUCAAUUGGGUUGAGGUCGGGUGAUUGUGGAGGCCUGGUCAUCUGAUGCAGCACUCCAUCACUCUCCUUCUUUGUCAAAUAGCCAUUAUACAGCCUGGAGGUGUGUUGGGUCAUUGUCCUGUUGAAGCGAUACACAAUUCCAUCUAGUUUGCUCUUAGUGGGACUAUAAUUUGUUUUUCAACAGGACAGUGACCCAACACACCUCCAGGCUGUAUAAUGGCUAUUUGACAAAGGAGGAGAGUGAUGGGAGUGCUGCAUCAGAUGACCAGGCCUCCACAAUCACCCGACCUCAACCCAAUUGAGAUGUUUUGGGAUGAGUUAGACCGCAGAGUGAAGGAAAAGCAGCCAACAAGUGCUGAGCAUAUGUGGGAACUCCUUCAAGACUAUUGGAAAAGCAUUCUAGGUGAAGCUGGUUGAGAGCAUGCCAAGAGUGUGCAAAGCUAUCAUCAAGGCAAAUGGUGGCCACUUUGAAGUAUAUAAAAUAUAUAUAUAUAUUGAUUUGUUUAACUGUUUUUGUUACUACAUGAUUCCAUAUGUGUUAUUUCAUAGUUUUGAUUUCUUCACUAUUAUUCUACAAUGUAGAAAAUAAUAAUAAUAAUAAAGAAAAACCCUUGAAUGAGUAGGUGUGUCCACACUUUUGACAUGUACUUGUGUGUGUGUGUGUGUGUGUGUGUGACACAGUGAAGGUCUUCUCUUAUCUUCAUUGGAGUUACUGUAACUAAGCUAUUUUUGCUACAUCUAUUGAAAUGUGGAAAGAUGAAGCUCAUAGCAUCUCAUUAUAUUUGUGGGAUAAAAAACAUUCUAUAUACCACCAUGCUGAAACAAGAUGUCCAGCAUAAUACAGGAUGUUGUCUGCACCCCUCGCUGUCCCUGUCCCACCCAUGUCCCAAUACAAAACUAAACAGGAAUGCCAUUUGGUGAAUGCUAUAAUGGUGAAUGUAUGCCAUUUGGCGAGAGUUAUGGUAUAAAACCAUUGAAGAGCGGGACUUGUAUGAAAAUAUGUAUGUGACUAAAUGUAAUGUCAACAUUAAAAUUCUACUGUAAAGAAAUGUAUUUACAUUUUUUUGUAUUUUAUCCCCUUUUUUGAUCUUGUAUCAUCGCUGCAACUCCCCAACGUGCUCGGUAGGCGAAGGUCGAGUCAUGCGUCCUUCGAAACAUGACCCUGACAAACCGCGCUUCUAAACACCCGCCCUUCUAAACACCCGCCCGCUUAACCUGGAAGCCAUCCGCACCAAUGUGUCGGAGGAAACACUGUUCAACUGACGACCAAGGUCAGCUUGCAGGUGUCCGGCCCACCACAAGGAGUCGCUAGAGCACGAUGAGCCAAGUAAAGCCCCCCUGGCCAAACCCUCCUCUAACCUGGAUGAUGCUGGGCUAAUUGACACAGCCCGAGAACGAACCAGGGUCUGUAGUGACGCCUCUAUCUAUGUGAUACAGUGCCUUUGACCGCUGCGCCACUCGGGAGGCCCAAGAACAUUUUAUUUUGAUGACCAUUUUAAUUCAAUUUUACACUGAAUCUUUCCAUUGGACAAAAUUAUCAACAGCUGCCUGUACAUGUUCAAAUUGACCUCAAAGUCAUUCCACCUCAAAAAGCACAAAAAAUAGGAUUUUGACACCCACAUCAAAUAUUAGUCUGAAAUGUUGUUUCUGUAGUUAGAAACAGAUUAGAUAAGCAGUCUUGUAACAUUAUGUUGUUGAAAUAUCAUUUGAGCUGAUUGAUUGCACCCAAAUUGGCAAUUUUAUUUAUUUGUUGGAUUGGUAUAAUAUUCAGUUAAUAUAGUACCCAACAUCUUCUUAACAAUGAUUAAGACAUGAGGAUUUCAAACCUCACACCAAGCCCACCCCAACGGCCAGUAUACCCUAUCAGUUCUCUAUGUAGUAUGAAGCUGUGGCUUGCAGUAUUGUUUAUUCAUACUAUGUAAUGUAUUCAUGGUACAUUUGGUGAUUGUUUCUUUCCCUUUUUAGAGAAAUUAGCCAUUGAAGUUGCUUGUGGUCCCCCCCAUAAAUUAGUGUGAAAGUACCAGGUUUUGCCCACUAGAGGCCACUGCUCCUGCUAUUGCCACACCCUUUUAUAAAAUUUUCUGCAUUUAUUAAUUGGAUCACAACGUGUCCUUUUCAGCUUUGGGUAGAAAACCAAUAGCUUUUGCUCAUGAUGUAUUUUUUGUAUUCUCAAAAUUCAAGACAGUCCUCCAUGAAAGCAAUUCAGUUUGUAUUUCUCUUAGACUUGAUAUGUGUCAAGGAAAUGGCCCCUGUGUGUGUGUGGUUUAUUUCCUUUUAAAAAAGGUCUGGAUUAGUUAGUAGUGAACAAGUAAACCAUUAGGCUACAGCAGAUCUAGUUUCAAUGUUAUGUUCUCUAAGGGUCUAACUGAUCCAGACAAAAAAUAGAGAUGUUUUCUAAUAAUUUUAUUGAAACAUAACCAUGCAAUGGUUUAUAAUUUUAUAAUUGUAUUAGGGUUGUCACAUUUUAGUCAUAAGCCCAUUUAUCCAUCAAAUUGCUGGGCUUCUUAUGAUAAUUGCACCAUAGGGAUAGCCAUCUUAGUGAGCUGGCAGUUGUUGGACUAUUCAAAGAGAGUUGGGCUGAUGCAAUAGGUUGCUAAGAGAAGUAAACAUUUCAUUUAUUUCAUGGAAGACUAGCUGGACUCUGAACAGGGUGGAAAAUACACAAAAUUAGCUGAGAAUACAUUACAUAGUAUGAAUAAACAUGACUUAAUGUUGCAGCUUCAUACUACUUGUCAAACAUAGAGAACUGAUACUGUAUACUGGCCAUUGGGUGGGCUUGGUGUGGGGUUUGGUGGGUCCGUGGGUGGCUUUUGACCGUUUAUUUGGAUCCCUCAUGUCUUAAUCAUUGUUAAGAUAUAUUUGGUACACAUCUGAUGUUGGGUACUAUAUUUAUUGAAUGUUAUAUGAAUCCUAUAUAUUUAAAAUUGCCAAUUUGGGUUAAAUCAAUUAGCUUAAUUUCUCAGUUUAAAUUGUCUUUGAAAAAAAUGAUGUUGCAGGAAUGCUUAUCUACUCUGUGUCUAACUACAGAAACCAUUUCAGAACAAUCUGAGAUGGUGGAUGUCAUGGCAUGCUGAAAUGAAAUGACUCUCAGUACGAGUGGAGAAUUUACAUUUGAAUAGGUUAUUACUUAGUUAUCCUGUUUUACCUUUGUUUUACGAAGAACCUGAAAUUCUACAUGAUAUUAAUUUUGAGACUGCUUUAGGCAAGUGAAAUAUUGUUUACCUCUUUACUUUGAGCAUGCACUUGGUGUCUGCCUGUGUAACACGUUUUGUGAUGUUCUGUACAGAGAGCAUGGUUUUGUAGUAAGUACUAGAGAUUUUGAUCCAGCUGUAAAUAUAUAUGACUUAUAUAGUUGUCGUGUUGUCUGUCUUGUUUCAUGGCUAAUGAACCAUUGUGUCAAAAAUAAAGCAGAGCUUUUAUUGUUUUUA